UAAAGCAAAAGCCUCUCUCUCUCUCUCUAAGGCUCUCCAUUGCUUCCCUCACCUUCUCUCUCUCUCUAAAAACCAGAGAGCCAGAAGAAGAAGCAGAGGUGGUUUAGGGUUUCGAAAUCAGAGUAGUAGUCGUGUAGGUAGAGAUUGAUGUAAGCGUUGGUGGUUUUGUGUUGGAAGAAGAAGAAGACGAGGAGGAGCAAUGGCAACAGCGCCGGUGAAGCCGCCGCUGCACAACUUCCCGCUAUCGUUCUUGAAAUGGGGGAGCAAGAACCACACCAACACCAACCACCGCUACCGCCGCCCCGUCUCCGCCGAGCCCGAACCGUCCGACGAUUCCGAGCCGCCGCAGCACCACCACCACGGCAAUCGCGUCGGAUCCCGCACCGCGCGCCACCGCUUCUCGCUCACUUCCUGCUCCGAGAAGCUUCCGGGGCCGCAGAAUUCCGAGAAAGAGAGCGAGGACAGCGACGACGACGGUAAGGCCGCGGCCGCCACCGCCGCCGCGGCGGAGGAGGCCGAGGUUCAGAAGCCGUGGAAUCUGAGGCCGAGGCGAGCACCGACGGCGAUGACUUCGAAGGCGAAUAAUACUACUACUGCGAACGGCGAGCUGCAUGAGCCGGAGGGUCCGAACCCGAACCCGAAGCAGGGCGAGCAGCCGGCGCCGAAGUCGAUGAGGCUGAGGGGUUUGGCUGAAGGUCCGAGCAUGGAGAAGAAGAAGGAGAAGAGGAAGUUCUGGAUCGCUUUGUCUAAGGAUGAAAUUGAAGAGGACAUAUUCAUCAUGACCGGGUCCAGACCCGCCCGGCGGCCCAAGAAGCGGCCCAAGAAUGUCCAGAAACAGCUCGAUAAUUGUUUUCCGGGUUUAUGGCUCGUGGGGUUUACAGCUGAUGCUUAUCGGGGUGCCGAUUCUCCGACGAAGAAGUAGAAGAUUGUGUGUUCUUAUUUGAAAGCUGGCAAACGAAAAGGGCUGCCCCUGUGGUGUGGAAACCUCAAUUUGAGGUAUAAUGUGCUGAACUUUUACAUAGAGGAAGUGGAAUUACCUAUAGUAGUUAAAAAGAAGGUAUAUUAGGGGGAAAAAGAUAUCUAAUUUCCUUGUUUUGAAUGUUUUUGGGUCUCAUUUUGUAUUGCUCAUGGGGGCAGGAUGCAGGGCCGCUUUAGUUGCUUUGCAUUCAAGUAGUUCUAGUAUGUAAAAAAUGGACGACUUAUAUAUAUGUAAAUGAUAGAGUCAAUUUCAGUUGUUUUA